AUGGAUAUCAACACGAUGGUGGCGUUGCAAGGCUUGAAGGCCUUGCCAAUGAGUCUGGCGUCUCCAACGUUGUCCGACAGCGGGAUUUUCUCGACGUUCCCGCCCUUGUCUCCCAACCUAUUCUCUCCGUUCCCGGUUUUCCCACCUCAUCCCAGCACAUUCCUCUUCAACAGCCCGCAGACCUCAGUACCUCAAGACAAUGGCGGUGAAAUUGGACGAAAGGACAAAAGUGAGCAUAUUUUUGACACUUUUUUGUCUUAAAAAGUUAUAUUUUUGCAUCGUAAAAUUAAUACAUUCAACUAGGGAAGUACCCCAAUUGCUCAUAUUUUUUCGCUCAGAUUUUCUUUAAAUUUUCGACACAUCGUCCGGUAUAGAAUUGGUACCAAUUUCUGAAAGUUUUAGCUCGCGCUUUGCAGGCGCCGCCGAGAUAUUGAAUCAUCUUUGCCGCCGAGAGAGAACGCUAAACGCGGAGAGCGGUCAUACAGAAUAAAACUUUUUGGCCAUAACUUAGCCAGUUUCGUGCGGAAAAAAAUGAUUUUUUGUGUCAACAUUACCCUUUACGGUAGAAAUCGGCGUGAAAAUUUUUAUGCUAAAAUUCGCAAAGAAAUUUUUCCAUCUUUUGACAUAAAAAAGUCUCAAAUUUUCGCCAAUUUUUAUCUAAAACUCUCGGUCGUUUCUGCAAAACACAAGCUGGGAUUCUCGCAUUCAUUUUAGAAACAAAUAUUCUAAAUCUAUGCCAAGUUUCAUCAAAAUCUGACCGUCGCACAUGGCGUACUUCUCCUAUAUAAGUAAUAGUAUGUAUUUUUUUAUGGUUUCAGGUCCCCGUUCAGACCACGACUCGCUAAAGCGCAGGAACAGAACCUCCUUCUCCGACAAACAGCUGAACUGCCUGGAAAAGUCGUUCAGAGACAGUCAAUACCCAGAUCUCAAAGCAAGGGAUCAACUGUGCAAGGACACCGGGCUACCGGAAAGCAAGAUUCAGGUGAGAAAAAUGCCAAACAUACCCAUUCCCGUUUGUUAGAGUCAUCAUUUUUUGGAUAUCGUUUUGUCGGGAAAAUAAUGAGCAAUUUGUCGCAUCGAAAAUCGCAUCGCCGCUGAGAAAAUGAAUUGUGUCGCGGCAAAAUCAAAUUACUUUUUCACUUCAGCGACACAAUUUAGCGAGAUGAUGCUCAUUAUUUUCCCAACAGGCUGAUAUUUGUUUUCUGCUUUUGACCGAGCCAUAAGCGUGGAUUUUGCAAAGUUUCCUUCAUAAGGCUACAAGUACAGGUCAUAACUAUUUAUUUGCUUCCAGGUCUGGUUCAAAAAUCGACGAGCAAAGCAUCGCAAACAUUUGAGGAAUCUGCCACUGCAAGAGACCAAAGAGAAUGGCGAGAGCAACAACGCAAAGAGUACCUCACCGACGGUGAUUUGUAAGUAUCUCUCGGGUUAAUAAGUUCAUUAGAAAAAAACGCCUUUCCUUCUAAGGCAAAGUAAAUUAUAUAAAAAUAAUUUCAGCGUGGACCCCCGAAACCAUAGCAAAUCUAUGUAACCCGAUGUUCUUCAAUUUCACUCCAACUCUGGGUGAGACUUCGCCGACCCAUACCUAA